AUGUAUGGCUCAUCAUCAUUUCACUUAAUAUCUUUUGUUAUAUUCAUAGUUUUUCUUUUUGGUGGUUUAUGCGAAGCUAGUCUGCAUAUAGAUGUGGAUAUCAUCAAUGAUAUUGGUCAAAAUAUUCAAUUAGGACUACACUGCAAAUCAAAAAACAAAGACCUCGGAUCACAAUCUUUAGCUCCUCAUCAACACUGGGGAUAUAGAGCAUCUAUUAACUUUUGGAAAAGAACUUUAUUCUUUUGUCACUUUGUAUGGGAAAAUCAGUCUAAAUGGUUUGAUAUUCUUAAUUCUAACGAUAUAAAGACAUGUAAACAUCAACCUUGUGUUUGGAGCAUAAGACCUUAUGGUCCAUGUAGAAUAACAGGCGGUGAAAAAUGUUUCCUAUGGAAUGAUGGUGUUUCAAUACUGUUGUGA